GAGGGGCGGGGCGUGCGCAGAGGCGCGGAGGAGGCGCGGCUGUCGCGGGACGCUAAGCUGGGCCCGGUUGCGGGAAAGGAGCGUGGCGCGCCUGGUGUAGGGCCUGCUGCUCCGAGGCGGCAGCGGCAGCGGCGGCGGCGGCAUGCGCGUGUGAGAUGCGGCCGCGGGUAGCCCGGACGCGAGCGGCGGCCCCCGGGGCAGCGGGGAAAGUGAGCGCGGCCUCUUCAGAGAGAGGCGUGCUGUGCAUGAGGGCGAGCGCGCGGGCUCUGGGCAUCCGUCGGCCACGCCGCCUCCAUAAACACUUGUUUAGGACUUGUUCGCCUCGCUGAGGCUGCGACGCCGGGCAUGGAGCCCCCGUCCGAACCGGAGCCCGAGCCCCAGCCCUUUGCAGAGGCCUCAGCCGCCGCUCCGCUGCGCGCACCAGAGGUGGCGCGGCUUCGCGAGGAGCAGGAAAAGGUACCAUUUGGCCCUCUUGCCUUCAUGCCAGGAAAACUUGUCCAUACUAAUGAAGUCACUGUUUUACUUGGGGACAACUGGUUUGCAAAGUGCUCAGCGAAGCAGGCCGUGGGUUUAGUUGAGCAUCGGAAAGAACAUGUAAGAAAAACCAUAGAUGAUUUUAAAAAAGUGUUGAAGAAUUUUGAAUCCAGAGUUGAAUUCACAGAAGAUUUGCAGAAGAUGAGUGAUGCUGCAGGUGAUUUUGUUGACAUAAGAGAAGAAAUUAAAAGCGACUUUGAAUUUAAAGGAAAACAACGAAUUGCUCAUAAACCUCACUCCAAACCAAAAACUUCAGAUAUUUUUGAAGCAGAAUUUGAAAAUGGUAUAAAACCCCAGGGUACGUUUGAUGAUGAUGAACUGUGGGCUCGGCUUGAAGAGCUGGAGAGACAAGAAGAGUUGCUGGGUGAACUUAAAAGUAAGCCUGAUACUGUAAUUGCAAAUGGAGAAGACACAGUGUCUUCUGAGGAAGAAAAAGAAGAUGAAGACACAGGUGUGAAUGUGGUGUCUCCAGUGACAGACUCCUCCGCCCCCAGCAGCUGUAAAAGGCAUGGUGGAAAUGCAGGACUCCCUAAUGGUCAGACCAGCAGUCUGAACUAUUCAGUGAAUGGCUCAAAUUCUUACCAUAGCAACAAAGAAGAUGAAGAAGAAGAAGAAGAAGAAGAUGAAGAUGAUGAUGAAGAAGAUGAUGAUGAUGAAAGUGACCAUGCUGUUUCAGCAGAUAAUUCUAUACCAACAAUAUAUUUCUCUCAUACUGUUGAACCAAAAAGGGUUCGAAUAAAUACUGGGAAAAAUACCACUUUAAAGUUCAGUGAGAAGAAAGAGGAAGCCAAACGGAAACGAAAGAGUGGUGCUGCCUCUCACUCUGCCCAUGAGCUACCUGCCAUCAGGAGUCCUGCUGAUAUUUACAGAGUCUUCGUGGAUGUGGUGAAUGGAGAAUACAUUCCUCGGAAGUCCAUCCUGAAGUCUCGUAGCCGAGAGAACAGCGUGUGCAGCGACACGAGCGAGAGCAGUGCUGCAGACGUGGACAUUGACAGACGGGCGCCUCUGCGGAGCCCCAGCUCUGAGGAGACCGAGGCUGGCAGCAGCACUUUGGAGGAACUCCAAGAGAACCACCCCAAGAAGCCUUUGCCCUCAGGAGUGUCUGAGGCUUUUUCUGGAACUGUAAUAGAAAAGGAAUUUUUAUCACCGUCCCUAGCACCACACUCAGCCAUUGCUCAUCAUGCCCUACCCACCAUUCCAGAGCGAAAAGAAGUUCUGUCAGAAGCAUCAGAGGAACCCGCAAAGAGGGUUUCGAAGUUCAGAGCUGCGAGAUUGCAGCAGAGAAACUAGAGGGGAUGGGCUUCACCCGCAGCUCCAGCUGCGCUUUAGGACAUGCGCACGGCAGAAUCGGCCAUGGAGUUGGGAAGGCGCCCACUUGGCUGGCAGAGUUCUCUACCCUUAUCAGUGUUGGGGAAGGCAGAGUAAAUGUUUGAAUGCUGUAAUGUUCUGCUGGCUUUGUUAACUCUGUGACUACUGUCUAAUUGGCCUUAGGAUGCAGGAAGAACAUUUUAAGUUACUUUUCAAAGAACACUGCCGUGUAUUGUUUUUGUGUUUCCAACUAAAUGCAGGCAGUUUCCUACCAGCUGUGAUGCUGUGCUUUCCAUACGGACCAUGUUCAAGAAACUUAAAAUUUCAAUAGGUUCCACAGUUAUAUUACUUGCUUUUACAUUUUAAAGGCACUUUAAAAAAAAUCUACAUUUCUUGUAGGUUUCACAGCUAGAUAGUUCUUUGAAAAAUUCUUCCUUUGAAUGUUGUACUAUAAUCUUUAAGGCAAAAAGCUACAUAAACCCUUUGGGAAAAUUUGAAUAGAAGAAUAUUUUAUACAAAUUUUUUUGGGAAGUAAUAUUUUUAUGAAACUUGGUUUCUAAAAUGUGGUAAGCUUCCUGGUUUAGAAUUGUGAAUAAGAUGUCUGAUUUGUGUCUAUGCUGUACAGGCCAUACCACAGAGUUGUGAAUCUUUAAAGUCCCAUAAGCACCUCCUCUCCCUACGUACUGUUUUCACUGGUUUCUUCCUUUGGGAAAGAAAAGUUUGUCUGGAUGCUUUAAAAUUUCUUAAAGUUUUUUUGUUUGUUUUAUGUUUCAGUCUUUCUCACAUUUUGAUUCUUCAAGAUUGCUUUGCUACCAGUAAAAAAAAAAAUGAAAUAUUAUAUUUACUCUACUCCUUAAAGAGGCAUUCAGUUUCAGAUUGACUAUACAGUGCAAGUGUUGAUUAGCCUGGUGCAUGCUAAAAUGUAGCUUUUAAAAAGCAUCCUGCAUUAGUACUAAAAUAAGCCUUCAACCCCAGUCCACCCUCUAUUCAUGGCUAAAUAUUUAAAGGUUAUUUAUAGCUUCUUUAAUGAAUUCUUGCUUAAACAAAGUGGAAUUAUGUCCUAGAAAAGUGGAUGCUGUAACUAGAGCAGUGCCACUGUCAAAGUUCUAUGAAAUACAUACUUUAAUGAUAAAAUGGUGGGCUUGGACCUGGGCACUGAUUUGAAAGACUGCCUAAAGCUGUAAUAGCUCUGUUUUUCUAGCUGUUGUUGAUCAUCUGUCCAUGUAUUUUGUACUUAAAACCCACUUUUCUUUCCGGUGACCUACUCUCGACCAGACUAUCCCAUCUCGUGGACUCCAGGUGCGCCCUGUUCCUUCUCCUUACACGAGGCUUCCUGUGCUAACCCCUCCUGAUGCAAGCCUCCUUGUAGGACUGUUGGAUCUUCAGACAUGUAACUUAAGUGUGUUGUUAUUAAACAACUUUCUGUGUUCAUGAACUUA